CUGAGACUUUCCAGAGCAUUUCAUAUUUCUAAAAGUGUGUCCAAAGUUUCCUGAAUUCUUGAUUGUUUUUUCUUUAAGCUAUAUUUCCUUGAAUAUUUCUCCCUUCAUUUCUUGUACUGUUUUUUGAAUUUCCUUGUAUUGGGCUUCGCCUUUCUCUGGUACCUCCCUGAUUAGCUUAAUAACUGACCUCCUGAAUUCUUUUUCAGAUAAAUCAGGGCUUUCUUCUUGGUUUGGAUCCAUUGAUGGUGAACUAGUGUGAUUUUGGGGGGGUGUCGACAAGCCUUGUUUUGUCAUAUUACCAGAGUUAGUCUUCUGGUUCCUUCUCAUUUUGGUAGGCUCUGUUCAAGGGCAGGUCUAGGGCUAAAGGCUUUCAUUUAGAUUCUUUUGUCCUGUGGGUGUUCCCUUGAUAUACUACUCUCCCCCUUUUCCUAUGGAUGUGGUUUCUUAUGCGCCGAACUGCAGUGAUUAUUGUCUCUCUUCUGGGUCUAGCCACCCAGCUAGUCCACCUGGUUCUGGGCUAAUACUGGGGGCUAUCUGUAUAGGGCCCUGUGAUGUGAACUGUCUAUGGGAUUCUCAGUCAUGGAUACCAGCACCUGUUCCAAUGGAGGUGGUGGUACGAGGUGUGCAAUGAACUCUGUAAGUAAGAGUUCUUAGCUUUGGUGGUGUAAUGCUUUAUUUUUGUGCUAGUUGGCAUCCUGCCAGGAGGUGGUGCUUUCCAGAGAACAUCAGCUGUAGUAAAAUCCAGAGGGACGGGCAGUGGGCAGGGCCCUACAGCUUCCAAGAUUAUAUGCCCUUUGCCUUCAGCUACCAAGGUCGGGAGGAAAGAACCAUCAUGUGUGGCAGGGCUAGGCAUGUCUGAGCUUACACUCUCCUUGGGUGGGUCUUGCUGUGGCUGCUAUGGAGCCUGAGGGUGAGAUUCCCAGGUCACUGGAGUUGUGUACCUAGAAGGAUUAUAGCUGCCUCUGCUGAGUCAUGCAGUUGUCAGGGAAGUGGGGGAAAGACCGCAGUCACACACCUCACCCAGCUCCCACAUCAAUUGAAGGGCUGGUGUCACUCCCACCACGCCCCCCACAACAGCUCCGAGUCUGUGUGCAGGCGGAGGGCAAAACAGGCUUGGAAAGUUGCCCCGGGUUACUUGCCUCCCAGCUGCAAAAGAAAAGGGCUUGGUUCUUCCCUGCCUAUGGAGUCUGCACAUCGGAUUUGCACCCUUCCCCGAGUUCUGGCCACGAGGCUUCUCACCCUGUUCAAAUCGUUACAAACUUCACCUAGAGAUUUUCUUCUCUGUGGAAUUUUACCCCCUACUCCUCUGGCCACCCUCCUGAUGAAUCCCUGUGGUGCCAGUCAGGUAUGGCCUACUAGGGGACCCAGUGAUCUCCCAGGGCCUUUCUGCUGCUUCCUCUACCCCUGUAUUUUGCUCAGCUUUCUAAAUUGACUCAACUCCAUGUAAGGUCAGAAACGUCUCCCACAAAUAGACCUUCGUUUUCUGCAGUGGGGGUGUGUGUUCAGGAGUGGAGGCUCUACCUCUCCCACUUCCGCAAUUGGGACACUCACAGGCUUUGGUGUAUCUCCCAGGUCCUUCAGGACCAGUCCACUUCCUUCAGAGCACCUGUGGUUCCUCUCAGGAUUCAAUCUGGAGCUAGAAUUCACAAUGCAAGCCUGCAUGCUGCUCUGUCCAGAGCUGCAAUCUAGCCCUGACUCCCAUCAGCCAUGAUGAUCAUACCUCCUCUAAAGACCAAUUCUCACUCUAUUUAUAGUAUUUUCUACUAGUAAAAUUGGCCAGUUAAGGAUACUGUUAUUCAGAGAAUGAUGUCUCAGUUAAGAGGAUGUAUAUUUAUUUCACAGUUCAUAUUUUAAUUAUUUAUUGUAAAGUGGCAACAGUAAAUAUCUGCCUCACUUACCUUGUAUCAAUAUGAGGACAAUUUGUAUAUUUUCAGAGGAACACUUUGAAUUCAUCAGAAGAAAGAUACUGAAAAUUCCACAGGGUUCUAUAUAUUCCCAUUAGGUAUUUUAAACUUUAAGGCUAUAAUUUAAAACUAUUAUUGAUUAUUUUAAUUCUAUAGGACUGAAAAGGCAUUUGCAGAAAUACUGUCUUUGAUUUUCCUGUUUCUAUUUAUAGAGAACAAAUAACUUAUUUAUUUAGGCUUUCCUAUGUUUUCUGGGACAUUGAUAAGGAUCACAAAAUAUUAUAUAAAAAUCCGAGCCACAGAAAGAUGAUAGAAAAUAUAGUGAAUAAAUUAAAAGGAAAACUAAUAGUUGAGAGAAAAAUAUUCAUAGGACAUAGAAAUAUGGAAGCAAUAAAACUGAAAAAGACAUUGGGUAACAGUUAGAUAAAAUUAGAAAUGAUGUGCUGCUCCCCCAAAAUAUUCCAUUUAAUUUUUGACUGUGUAUGAGGAGGUAUUCUGUCAGGGUAAGAGGAAAGGAAAAUAUAAAUGUUUGAAAACAGACAAGGUUAUAGAGCAUUGAUAUCUUCUGACUUCUUACAAGUCAGCACAGCUUGCUUUGGCUGGUGCAUGAAUGACAAGGUACUCUUUGCUAGAUUGGUUCUACCUGGGGCUGUGUUUGGAGAGGUGCUGCUGCUAAGGCAUACAUACUUUCAGCCCCCUCCAGAUGUGCUCCCUAAGUGCCUUUGAGUUUGCCCAUUCAGUCUUCAUUCAGUGAGUAGUUGUUGUGUGCAAGACAUUGCUCUGGGUACCAGGGAUACAGCAGUGAAUUGCAAUGGAUGAAGGUCUCACACAGAGCUUACCUUCUGGUAAGGGAGACUAACAGUAAUCAAGGUAAGUUAGAAAAGUAUAUAGGAUGUCAGAAGUUUAUUGUCUGUCUCCCCUAUUAGAAUGCAAGUUCCAUGUAGGAGAAAAUAAAAAGCAGGAAGGGAGGACCUGAAGAAUGUGUUUCUGGAAGAGAGGGUAAGAAUUUUGAGAUCCAUUUACCAGUCCUUUAAGAUUUAUGGUAACCAUAAAGCAGAGUUACCAGCAAAUUAUUAUUCCACUACUCCUGAAGUGGCUAUAGGAAAGUAUAGCAUUUGUGCAGCACUCUAGGCAUCACAGACAAGGUUACUUAUAUCCAGAGGUAGAUGGACAGAGUCUUGCGACAUCACAUGCCUCUUAUCUGACCUGAAUGGUGAGGGUAUCUUGACAUGUCUUUGGCCACUUCAUACCAGGCACACAGGAUGGAAAGCUCUACCUUACAGUGUCAUUUUUUGCAUGCUGUUGAGGAAAAGCCUGAACCUAGAUUCACUAAAACUAUGUUGUCUAAAGGCCUGAUGCGUGUCAGCAUAUUUUCUCCCAGAACUUAUAACCAUCACAUUAUUGUGAUGCCCCUACUAUAGCUUAGAUGGGCAUCUCUCUAUUAUUUCAGCUUUCCUAGAACACUUGAUAUAAAUCUAGGCACUUCAAAAUUAGAAAGAUAACAGAAUACAGUAAAUGUAUUUAAAAAAAAAAAAAGGAAGAAGAAGAGGAAAGGAAAAGGAAAACAACCAAGCAUUGUAGAUUCUUCUGGGUUAAGAAUUAAACUUGAGAAGUUCCUCUAUUUAGAUGGUCCUUUCUUGGGUUUGGAUGUAAAGAAGGAGACCAUCAGUCAUAUGUACCUAACUGCUAAGCCCUGUUUUCUCACCAGAAUGUGAAGUCGAAAUUUAGCAAUUACGAGGUGAAUUUGAAUCGUAGACAACCUGCUAAUGUAACCCUAAUUUUUAUUUGCUUAAAUAGUCCAAAUUGACUGUUUGCACUGACUAAACUUACUGAAUAUUUGCUAAAUAGUCACUUCACUUUAUUGCUGAAAAUUCCUCUUGAGGAUGUGACACUAAGUUAUAUCUCUUCUUUGUCAGUGAAUAAUCACUUCCUUCUAAAGAUAGCAAUGAAAAAUCAACAGUAAUUGCCUGUAGAAUGUGGUGUCACUCAGAAUGUGUAGACAAGUUGAGUUGUCUAAUGUGUUUUUAGACACAGCUUAAAUUAAUUAGGUAAUUGAAAAUCUAUACUUUGCCUUGUAAACAUAUCUUAAAAUUCAAGGCAUAUUAGCAUAUAUGAUACUGUACCACUUUUGAGUAUGUGUACUGCUCAAGAAGUAUAGCAUUCCUGUUUGCAUUCAAAAGUUAUUCUAAUUCUUUAAGUGAUGUUUUCAUGAACUAAAUAACACUUUUCAGACAGUUUUUAUUGCUGUAGAAUUAACCUUGUAGCUUUUGAUUAUCAGUUCCUCUAUUCAGUGUUGUAUGCUACCUUAUAAUUAUUAGUUAAUGUAAGGAAUGAGUAUUGUAAAAGUUAGCCACCAGGAACUCUGUGUUUUCAGUUUAUCAUUCAUAAUAAAUAGUUGGAAUCAGGAACUCUAAGGAAGUAAUUAAUUAUAGAAUCAUUUAAGAUUUCCUGUCUAAAUAUAAAAUCUUUAUUUAUAUUGAUUACUAGUAUAUAUAAUCAUUUGCCCUGAUUAUAUAUAUUUUAUCAGGUCCAAUUAUUAUCCUGUGACUCUGACUUUUUCAGUUUUCCAGUAAUCACAGUGAAUAUAAGUAGUCUCACUCCAAAAAUCUCACUUUAAAAAAAUUAAAAAUAGCCACCAUGUUUUUUACAGCUUUCUGAACCAAUUUGUGAAAAAUCCUUCGAAGAAUUUGGCAGUAAAGGUGGCAACUCUCCUUUUCCUGAGCUAACUCUUCUCUUUAAAGAAAAAAAAUUUUUAACUAAUUAUUUUGGGACUGCUUUUAGGUAAAUUACUGAAUAAUAAGAAUUUGUGUUUGUACUUUAUAAGUUUUGAGUUAAUAUGGAAAUACUAUUCCUUUUACUCUCCCAUAGGACUAUCUUUAUGGCUCUUAAUGCUCUGUCUGUAAUGGUUGGAAAAAUAAGUCAGGAACCAGUGGUACUUUAGACAGACAUUUUCAUCCUUUGUAUCAUACAUUAAGUCUUGAUCUCCCUUCCUAUGGCUGUCUUUGCUUCACUUGCCCUCUGUUAGUUCUGUCUGAGUCACUGCCCUUGAUGGAUCUCUCUAUGCCUAUUGAUUGACUCUCUCAUCUGGCUUAGUCUCUAUGCCAUGUCUUCCUGGCUUCCAGUCUCCCUGACCUGAAGACUCUGCCCUCCCAGCCCAUGGAAUCACAUCUCCCCCAGCCUACAUGUUUCUGUUUAACCUUGUCUGACUGUGGUUUGCCUGGGUUCGCUUGCCCUUCACUUCCCUCUGACAUGGGCUCUGUGCCUCCCUCAAGGCACAAGGCUCACGAUCUGCUCUCACCUAUACAUUCUGUGUGCCCCUAUGUACACCCGCUCAGCCUGCCCUGUCUGUCUUGUCAUAGACAGACUGACAGCAAGUCACCAGUGAUAAAUCUGUCUGCAUCCCCAAAUAUUCCCAAAACAUACAUGUUCAGAGAAACUGCAUUGCUUUCUAGAGGUGAUUUGGAAUAUCUAAAAUGCAUCUUCUCUGGUACUAAAAUGAAUAUUCAAAGUGAACAUUAGGCACUAUGCUUAAGCCAAAUAUUAUUUAUUUAUAAAAUCUCAAGAUGUUCAGAGUUGAUUAUCAGCACUUUAAAAGCAGGAGUAUAAUUUUUUAAGUUUUUGCUAUUUCAUAUUUCUUAAAAUAUAGUCUCUUUCCAAAGGAAAAUAGUUCUAUUUAAUGAUAAAUUUUGAGAGGUAAUUAUUUUGGAUUAAUGACUUUGUUUGGAUUAAUGAGUUUGUAGGUACAAAAAAUUAAUUUAACUGAUAUUUGAUGUCUAAAUGUUCUUUGAGACCUUGUGCUAGCAUUUCUGACCAUAGUGCCUGUUAAUAUCCCCGUCAGCCAUACAUACAUGACCCUAACUAUUUGAUAUAUUAUACCAAUAAGUGAAAAUAUAUUUUACCAACUAGUUUAUAGAUGUUUUGCAUAACUGCAUGGCACAAUCCUUGAUAUAAUUCUAUUGUAUUACAUAAUUUCUUAAUUUCUAAAGUGCUAUAGAAGCAACUUGUUAAAAAAAAGUUGGGGCAAAAAAAACACCCCCUUUUAAGCUUUUUGUAGCAAUGAUUUCUAUAAAUGAGACUUUUUAAGGAGACCCUAAGUUAAAAGUUAUGAGUAAGCUAAAAUCAAAAUCGGCAUGAAGAUUCUUUUGUUAUUUGCUAAUAUUUCAGAAAUUUAAAAAAGUAAUGUGAAAAUUUUCAGACUUUUUAAAUUUUAUUUACUUUUUAAAAAUUCUCUUCAAAGAAAUUUAGUCUUCUACUAAUUUUAAUAUAUGUGAAAUAGUAGCUAGACCUCUCCUUCUCAGUUUCCAGAUGGAAGGUGAUUAAAUUUAAAAUAAGACACUGUUGGCUGUGUAUGAUGGCUCAUGACUGUUAUCCCAGCACUUUGGGAGGCAAAGGUGGGAGGAUGCCUUGAGGCCAGGAAUUUGAUACCAGCCUGGGUAACAUAGUGAGACCCCAUCUCUACAAAAAAAUUAAAAAAUUUAGUUAGGCAGGGUAGAGCAUGCUUGUGGUCCCAGCUACCUGGGAGGCUCAGAUGGACAGAUCGCUUGAGGCUGGGAGGUUGAGGCUGCAGUGGACCAUGAGUGUGCCACUGUAAUCCAAUCUGGGCAACAGAAUGAGACCCAUCUCAAAAAUGAAAUAAGACAUUGUUAAUUUAAGGCCACAAAUAUAACCAAUAUGUAGGAAAGCUAUUGUAUGUGAAAUUAGAGGUACUCAGUUUGAAUAUUACAAUAGUUUAGAUUUUUGCCAUAUUUUUCUUAUGAAGGAGUAAUCACUCAGAGUUAUUUGUUUUUGCUUUUCUUUAAAAACAAUAUCAAGCAUGUAAAAAUCAGCAUAAGUAGCAAAGCUUAAAUUUUUAGAUAAUCCAAAUUUAAUUAUUCUACCAAUUAGUUAAUUGUCUUCAUUCAUCCCCCCAAAAUUAGAGCCUAAUUCCAUGUCUUACCCCUAAUUUGAGUUAUUCUUGAUUCUCUUGAGGCAAGAAACUAACUGUAAAUAUUUAUUCUUGAAUUCCACAGAGUUGUAUUGAACACCUAAUCUGUAUUAGGCACCAAUCUAGGCUUCAAGGGUAUAAAGAGUAUUAGACAUGACUUCUGCUCUUAAGGAGCUCACAGUCUCCUAGAAAGAAGUCUUGUGUUUAUUGCAAAGAGUCUCUUUGCUCCUAGUCAGAGAAUUAUCAUUGUAAUGGGUGGUGUGGUUGGGAGUGAGGAAGUAAAGGGCUAAUGAGCUCUUUUAGAAUCCACAAGUAACUCCUAGUUCACCAACAUCCUUUUUUAUUAGAUGACACUCUAAUGUCCUUGAAGAGUUAGUGCAUCUUCUGAAAGUAUCCACUUUUCUUCCAUACUGUCAUGAAAACCUGGCUUUUUACUCUAGAUAUUCUAAACAAGCAUAUGUUACUUGUCAUUUCAACCUCUUUAAUAGUAGUAUGUGAGCAUUUAUCAGGAGGAUCUUUGGAUUUAUCAUGACCAUGGGAAAUUUGUAUUUUCCCAAAUAUGUGGAGAAUAAUGGCCAGAUAAAUAUCCACAAUCACAUUGUCUGUAAAAUAGGGUAAGACUAGUAUCAUCUCAUUGGGUUCUAUUAAGUGAAAUAAUUUAUAUAGAGUUCUUAAAACAGUACCUAGCAUAUAGUAAGAACUUCAUAAUUCCUCAUUUUGCAUAAUUUUGAUAUACACGAAUUUUUGUUACCAUGGUUUAAAUAACACCAAUUCCCCAGAAAACAAGGUUCAAAGUUCAGUUUCCACAAUAUAUUACGUGUAAUUGCAUUAAGCACACUUUGCCACUAGCCCUUCAGUCCACAGAUCUGUAUGUGAAUAACAGAUGCACAUCAUGAUCAAUGGCCAAUCACAUUACUUUUUUCAGACUCUUGUCACUGAUUGGUCAUAUCAUAUCUGCUUUCAGUUCAUGUACAGAUGGCAUUGUCUCCCAUUUUACAAGAGUACAUGAUCAAAAGAGAGACUUGACCAACACAGAUGACAGUGCAGUAAAGAAAUGAAACACUGGAAAUGAAAUAGAAAGUGUUUAUAACAAAAAAGAUGAAGAUGUCUCAGAGAAAGUGACACUGGCAAACUAAAAAGCAAGACAAAAAACUCUCAUAUUAAAUGAACUCUCAGAGCUAUUUCACAACAUUGAAAGUGCAAAGGAUAAAAUGUCGAAAGCUGAUUCAAACUUAAGAUUGUGACAUUUUUGCCCACACAUAGACAAGAUAUGAUUGACCAUACUAUAAGUGAUAUGAUUAAAAGAAGGCAAGCACUGAUCAAUUGACUUUAAAUAAAUUUUUUUACAUAGAAAUAAAGCACUUUAAUUCUCAAUGUUUCUAAUGUUUAAAUUAUAGCAUACUAAAUGAAAUUAGUUGUGUUAUUUUUUCUUUAUUUUUCCCUGACUAUAAGGAUUUUUAACAUUUUGACAAAAAGAAAUGUAGAGGUCAUAGAAAACGCAUAAUUUAUCCUAUUGAUUAUUAUGAUCCCUUUGCAUGGUUUCAGCUUGUGUAGUCAUUUUUAUAGUUCCUCAUUCUCAUGCAAAGCAAGGACAUCCUGUAGUUGUUAUUAACAAUUAUUUUGUCCACCAAAUCAAGUAUUAACAAUGUUAGGAAAACUGUUCAUUGCUUUUCAGUAUUUCAGAAUUUAAAAACUUUGUCAUUUCUUUCCUGCUUCUUGUCUUUGUGUUUUCAAAGUAUCUGGGUUCUAAUUCUAGUCCUGUCUUACCAUAGGGUUACCCUCAGAGCCUCCUGAUAUAUCUUACACAGAAGUACGGUAUUUAAACUCCUUAUUUUACUGUUCUUCAAUAUUCUACCCUAUUCCUUCCUUCUCCUAAAUCUUCUACCUUAAUUCCAUGCUAACCUUUUCCUUUUAUUCUUUUCCCUGCUAAUAUCCUAUUCUUCCAUACUCUCCUUCAACCCCUGAAAGCCUAUCAGUUCUUUAAUACAUUGUCUUCCUUUCAAAAUGACACCUGCCCUAGAACAUAUCCUUAAGAGAAACUUCUUUAAAUUACUGGCUUCUUCCUUAUGUUUCAUCUACAUUUCUGUCAAUCAGAAAAGACCAAUGUCUUGCUUGAAUUUAAAUUAUUACAGAAAAUUCUGUGUAAGAAAAAUGUAAAAUUGUAGCUGGACAUUGACUAGAUUAGCACUUGCCAACAAUGACAUGAUUGGCAACAAAAUAAGAAUUGAAAAUAAAUACUGUGCAUUUUUUUUCACUGUAUACACUUUUGUGCCUCUUAAGCCAUGUGAUUGUGUAGGUAAAUAUUUUUUUAAAAAAUGAAAUUUACAUUAAGUAAAUCAUCAAAAUAGAAGUCUUGCUUUCAGUUUUCCACUCACAGUUGGUUUGAUGUAAUUACCUCCAAGAGUUCUGAGGCUUUCAGAAGAUGAAACCUUCAUCUGCCUAAUGUUUUCUGCACACACAUAGAAUGAAGAACAGGCUGCAGGGAGCUUGAGGAAUGGACUAGAGGCAGACAGAUUUUGAUUUGGGCAUGAGUAUUUUGCUCAAAGAGAGGCUGACAACCUGAUUUGUUCUCUUUAAGACCUUUGAGAUUAUAGUAAGGUGACUGGAAGAGGAUUCAGUUUAAUAGGCUGACUGAAUGCUGUCUGAAUAUUUUUCAGGUCUAAAAUGCUGAAAGAAGUGUUUCAUCUAUAUAUUUAGGUAAAUUUUGCUUAGAAUUUUUAGUCUGUUACUACCUCUUGAAUUUUCCAUGGUCAUUGCUGCAUUUAGUGUUAGUUAAAGAGUGCAUUUAUCAGACAAAAAAAACAUCAGUGACUCUGUUUGGCUUAUUUCAGUUCAUAGUUUCCUAAAGAGAUUCCAGGGAAAUUCUCAGAAGCCUCAAACUUGUGAUGGUAAUAGCACCAACAUCAAUUAAUCUGGAAUCUCUUUAAAAAAAAAAAAAAAAAAAAAAAACAUAAUUCUCACAACACUUAAAAGAGUUAUCUGCCAUAAACAGAAAUUCUUUUCUACUUCUCAAUUUACUUCUCUAAGCCCAUUUCACAUCAUGAUUACUAGUUUCAUUGGGCAUAAGCUGUCAUUUUUGUUAGUAUAUUUUACUGUGCCGUGUAAUGAAAAAUUUUUCGUUAAACCAGUUGUGCAUCUCCUACUCUAAAAUGGAAGCAGAGUGAUAAUUUGAAUGUAGAACAUAGUCACUGCACCCUGACUAGAGUAAUCAAUGCAAGAACAUCCUUAAAUCUUUUCUUCUGUAACAAGGGCAAACUCAGCUAAAAAGUUUGCUUAAAUCAUGCUUGGCAUAACAAGAGCCUUUAAACUUUAUCUAUCUCUAUCUGUGAAUAUACCUGACUCAUCAUCAUAGUGCCUUUCAACUCAGCCCCACUCAGCUCAACUGCUCUUCCUGCCUUAUACAGAUAUUUAAAAUUCCUUAAGGCUUCUGGUGAAGGCUGCAGGGUUUUUAUACUUAAUAUUAUUUUAUAGCACAGGAAGUUCAUAACUCAUGAAUAUCUCACAUUUGCAAAAUAAAAUGGAGGGCCUUUUCUCUGUAUACUCUAAGUCUGUUUUUGGUCUCUGACUGUGUGGUGUUUGUGUCACAUUUGUGUCAUAAGCAUUUGUUUCUAAGCAGCAAUUACAUCAGAGUAAAGCCGUUUUUAAAAUACUAAAAGGAAAAGCAGCAAGAAGUAAUGAUUUUAAAAAGUCCUUCAUAAUCUUAAUCUGAAAUUAAAGAAAUCAAGGAAAUCUGCUAGCAAGACUACUACAUUAUAGCUUUUCUCCACAUAUAAAAGCAUCUUGUAUUACUGUUAUUUACAAGUGGCUGUUCUUUCACCCAUGUUCUUGUCCUCUGUUAUCUCCUGUACAGAAUAGUGCCAUUAUCUAUUAUGAAAAUUAUCUUGAAAAGCAAUAAAUUAUCCUGUUUAGUACCUACAUUGAUUUGAUUAGCUCUGUUUCUAUGUUAUUACAACAUAAAUGUUCUUAUUGUACAUACUUUAUUAGCUUUUCUUAAUUGCCUAACUUAUCUUUGAUGGCUCACUUUGCUUUAUAUAGUUUAGUAAAGAUCCACACAAAGGAUUGACACGUAAUCAUUUCAGUGUAUUUCCAGGUGGUUCCCAGUGAACUAAAUUGUUGUAAUGUGUGAUGUUAAUUCUUUCACUGUGAGGAGGGAGGCAUUGUUCCUUAAAGUAAUCAGCUGCAAGAGUUUUCCUGGAUUACUGACUUUACUCCCUGGAUCCAGAGAGGGUCUUCCCAGUAUCUAGUCUCUGCAUCUUGUCUUCUGCUUCAGCCUUUUGUCCUGCUUCUUGACUAAUAUGAUUCUUGAGGUCCUACACCUGCUCAUCCUAGUGGCAAUGCCUUUACACCACAAUGCCUGGUCAGUGCUAACUUUACUAGGAAAUCUGCAGAGUAGGGAAGACAGUAAAGAUCAGCAGCAUGUAGUCUGCCCUGCCCUCUCUGUCCAACUUGGAUAUCAUUCUUAGAUAUUCUGGUCUGCUUUGUUGCUUUAACGCCGUCAAAAAGUUGUUGUUUUUUUUUUUUUUUUUUUGAGACUCUACUAUAGAAAAUUGGAAGUUCUUACAGACUCGAGCAAAGCCAUGUCCUCCUUUAUCUCGAGUAAGAGAAGCUUUUGGGAGAGAUGCGUUUGGAGGAAUGACGAAGCAAGGAUCACCUUCCCAGCCAGUGAAAUAACUGACCAACAGAAUGACAUAAAAGGCAGAUUACUCACAUCCGGAUGUUUUCAUGGACUUAAUAUACUCAGAGCACUGUGGCUAGUUCAUGAAUUAGCAUGUUGCUUGGCACAUAGGUACAAACUAAAUGGUAUAUCUAUAAUAUGUAUGUUAGAGGUUUUGUAUCUCCUAGCUGGAGAACUAAGACAUAAAACUCCAGCUGUUUAAGGCAGCAAAUGUAUGUGAGUUUAAAUGGCAGUAAGUUCAGAGAGGUCACUGUGGUCCAGAGUAUAGGGCAAGACUUCUCAAAACUAUGAAACUUGAACCAAACCCCACAAGGAUAUUGAUUCUUAACUCUGCUUCCAUGGUUUCCUGCUUCUUAGCAUUUGUAGAUCAUGACCAUUGGUUUUGUCUCCUUAGAAUAGAGAAUUCUUAAGGGAAGCCUAAUAAUAAAAAUCCUGAUACUUUCCAUUUUUAAGUAUUUCUGCUUAAAACAACUCUUUCAGAAAACCACGCUUGAUUCCAAAGAUCCUAAUAAUAGAAAACUUCUUAACUUCUCUUUGGCCCCAUUUCCGUAGGACGCUGAAUAUACUUUUAAAAAGAUGGCAAGACAUCCCUUCAGAAUAUGGGCUUUUCUUUUUGGCAGCAGAUACGCACAUUGGUAGAUGAGAUCUGACCAAGUACAAAGAAAGCCUUAAGUGAGAUCAUCCAAGUAAAUCUUAAAACCCAUCAAGUGAGUAUAUUGCAUUACUUUUUAGUUUAGUAAAUGUUUUCAGCCACUGUGUUUUAACUCAGCUUAACUAUAAUAAGGCUUUGCUCCCAUCUAUUUGAACUCACUUUUUCUAAUUCAUUAAAAAUAAUUUCAUUCAACUUUUGUUUUCAACAACUAAUGAACCUUUUUCCUGUUCUUCUCUUGUGAAAAUGGGCUGUUUUCAAAAUAUAGGCCUUAGCAUACAUAUUGCUUUCUCUUCUUUAUCCUGCUUUGUGAUCCAGCUUUCAUUUUGUUUGGCAGAUACUGAUAGCUUUGUGAUUUUGAAAAAAUAGCAUGUAAGUGUACCUUGAGGAUACCAGCAAAGUUAUUCUUAAAUGAACGUCUGUAUAUUUCAAGCUGUUUUUUAUAGACCUUCGUCUUAAAAUCUAAUUAAAGGCAAAUAUGGAAGUCUUUUUACCAUUAAUGCUACAGAGAUUCAUUUAUUUAACAUUAAAUAUUUCUUGACUUCCUGCUAUGUUCCAGGCGCUGAAGAUCUAGCAGUGAAUAAGACAAGCAGUGACCCUGCUCAUAGCCAGAACACAUUGUAGCUGGGGUUGCAGUAGAGAUACAGAUGACAGAUAACUAAGUGUACAGCCUGUAGCGAUGACAGCUAAUUUUCUGAUUAUUCUUUUCUCUUUACCAUUGCUUCAAGGCCAUAUUUGCAAACUCAACACAACACAACCUGUAGUGUUGAGUUGAAUUUAGUCUCAAGCUGUUACCUUCAUCUAGGAAGAGGUAUUUAAGGGUUGAGGAAGAUGAGGUUAGGAAGGAGAUGGUAGACUUCAGAUGUUUUAGGAGACCAAGGAUAUAAGAUUUGAUGCCCUAUGGAGAACAGAAAAAAUCAAGAACAGCUUCUAGGUUUAAGCUUGGGUGACUGAGUUGGUGAUAAUGCAAUUAAUUAGCUCAAGAGUCUCAGAAUGAGAGGCAGGUUUAGAAGUGGGGAUAAUGAAUUUGACUUGGGGCAGUGAAAAGUACAAAACUGGAAAUCUGAAGAGAAGUCAGAACUGAAAUAGAUUUGGCUGUUACCAGCAUUUCAUGUAAACUUUAAAAGAAGCAAGAAGUGUAGUCAGCAUUGUCAGAUAUGGCAGGAUGAGGAUCUUUUAAAAGGCCAUUGGAUUUGACCUUUGGAAAAUCACUGAUGACUUCAAGAAGACCGAUUUCAGUAGAUGUGGAUGGGGACAGAGCCAUGUGAUGAUUGGUUUACACAUUGAAGGGCUAUGAUUGUCUAGCCAAGGUCAUUGUGCUCUUCCUCCUUGGAAACUUUGAAACUGAGGUCAGGGCUUUUCUCCCUCCCUCAGCUUUCUCCAUUCAGGGCCCACAACUGGAUGCCUGAGCUAGGGGCAUGAUGGAGGAACAAAUUAAGAUCUUUGGGUCUCUGGUGGGACAAGGGCCCAAGGAUAAAGGAGCCUGAUGUUGUUGAGUCAGAUAUUGCAGGGAGCAUUCUCAGUGGGGGACAGUAGGUCAGGCCAGUUCGGAGACCUGUCUCUAGAGGGGGAAAGAGAAAACACAUGUAGAUCUCUGCUGUUUGAGGAAACUCUGGACCAAGAAGCUGGGUUAGAAUGGGAAACAAAAGGACCUUUAAGGCUGGGGGAAGAAACAUGGAAUUAGUUAAGAAGUUCUGCCCAGUGAGGGAGUGGAAUCUGGCAGAGUUUGGCAGGGGUAGAAUCCGAGGUAGCAAACUGAUGUUAACUAGAAACUCAAGCAGGAAUACCUAGGUUUCUUAGGGCACAGGGACUGGGGAUAUGCACAGAGGAACUGUUGGCAGUACUGGUGACCAUAAAGAUAGUAGUGAGGGGGCAGUUUAUGAAUUGAGGGGUCAUUGCAGCAGUAUCUGACAUAGAUAUUUAAUAACUAUUUGUGAAGCCAAGAGGGUCAGUGGUUCCUGGGAAUAGUGGGUCCUGAGUUUCUGAAGAGGCAUAAGAAAAUACCUAGGUUCCAUUCAAGGAGAGGAUGGAGGCAGUGACUAAGGGGCUUAAGACAGCUUGGAGGUGCAAAUCCCCAAAUGGACCUUUGUUCCUCGAUGGAAGUUAGAAGUAAAGGUCAGGGUUGGGGGCUCAGUCCCUUAACCCUAGGACCUAGGACUUCCUGCAUCUACCAGAUUUCCCCACCUACACACAGGCACCCUUGGCCUGUAACGCCUUCUCUGCCCACUAGGGGGCAGGGCUCGAGGGGGCUGGUGGCUGUUCUGAAGCCUCGAGGGCCUUCAGUUUCUACCAGAGCCGCUGCGGGAGCUGUCCUACCCAUGGCCCGACACAGGCCCUCAAACCUCUGCCCCCUUCCAGGCAGUGGUGGGGGCGGCCCCAGAGGGCCAGUGCCCCUGCGGGUUGACACUCUGACGUGGUUGAACACCCAGGCGGCCCCUGGCAGGGUGAUCAUCUGGCCGGCGGUCCGGCUGGGGGUCUGCCCAGGCCCUGAGGCGUGGGGGAUUCCCCCGGGUCCCCUGCCACACGAAUUCCGGGGCUGGAUAGCACCCUGCAGAGCCUGUCUUGGAGCUGGCGAGGCAGGGACCUGGUUGCGAAACCCGUCCGAAGGCGCCCUCCUCGGGCCCUACAUUGCCCUGCGGAGCAUCCCGAAGUUGCCGCUGCCAGAGGACGUCUCAUGCAUACAGAAAGAGUUGCAGCAGCUGGCCAAGGAGCUGAGAGAGAAGAGGCUGAACCUAGGGUACUCGCAGGCCGAUGUAGGGAUCGCUGUGGGAGCUCUAUUUGGGAAGGUGCUUAGCCAAACGACCGUCUGCCGCUUCGAGGCUCAGCAGCUAAGCCUCGCCAACAUGUGGAAGCUGCGACCACUGCUGAGAAAGUGGCUGGAGGAAGUGGACGCAGAGAACCUUCUAGGCUUAUGCAAAAUGGAGAUGAUCCUGCAGCAGUCUCGCAAGUGGAGACGGGCAAGCAGGGAGCGACGAAUCGGAAACAGCCUGGAGAAAUUCUUCCGGCGGUGCCCGAAGCCCACACCACAGCAAAUCAGCCACAUUGCUGGGUGCCUCCAGCUGCAGAAGGAUGUGGUUCGAGUUUGGUUCUAUAACCGCAGCAAGAUGGGCAGUCGGCCAACCAAUGAUGCUUCCCCACGGGAGGUUGCGGGGGCUGCCGCUCUUCCAUGCCCAGGGGCACCAGUGUGCUUUCCCCUGGGACUGGGGAUCCCGGUGGGUGUCCCCCACUAUUCACCUCUCUACUCUGCAGGGGUAGCCCACCCCUCUGCCCCAGGCACCACUCUGGGCCUCCCCAGACUUUAGGGCUGAGGGACAUGCCCUUCGCGGCAAGUUUGGAGAGAAAAGAAAAAGGGAAAACCCAGGAAACGUCCCUGGGGUUCAUUUAAGGACUUUUAGCAUUAAGAUCUCAUUCACUGUCUAAAGAAGUUAAGAAUACAUAGCAGGGAAUGGGGUGUGGGAAUUAUUCAAGAAAAACUUGGGAGAGAAGUAACUUAUUGCAGUUUUUGUGUUCUCCCUUUGUUUCUCCCUAGCAUUGGUUUCAAGGUACAUUACAGUAUAUAGAUGGUUUUGAUAUUGUGUUUCUUUUUUUUUUAUUAAAUAUUAUGUCUGUUA